GUCGCUGCCGCCACCUCCGCGAACAUGGAGCCCCCCGACGCUUUGGCUGGGGCGCGCAGGGCCUCCCGGCUGCUGCUGCUCACGCUCCUACUCUGGGCGCGUCCAGAUGCUGAGGCUGAAGUGCAGGUAUCCGUGCCCCCAUUGGUGGAGGUGAUGCGAGGAGAGCCUGUCACUCUGAACUGUACCCCCUCGGGGGCCCAAGACCACUAUGUGAUGAAAUGGUUCCUGGUGGAUCGGUCUGGGGCCCGCCACAUCCUGACCUCGGUGGAGCUGCAGGGUUCGAAGCUGCAGGGCACAGUGUCUGACUCCUGGAGCCGCAGCCCCCCAUACCAGCUGGACUCCCAGGGGCGCCUGGUGAUGACUGAGGCCCAGGUGAGCGACGAGCAGGACUACGUGUGUGUGGUGAAGGCUGGGGCGGCAGGCACUGCCGAGGCCACCGCACGGCUCCGUGUCUUUGCAAAACCAGAGGCCACCGAGGUUGAGCCCAACAAAGGGACACUGUCUGUGAUGGAAAACUUGGCACAUAAGAUUGCCACCUGCUACAGCCGGAAUGGGAACCCAGCCCCCCAGAUCACGUGGUAUCGAAACGGGCAGCGCCUGGAGGUGCCCACGAAGGUGAACCCGGAGGGCUACACGGCCAGCCGCACCAUCCGGGAGGCCUCAGGCCUGCAGUCUCUCUCCAGUGUCCUCUACCUUCGGCUCCACAAAGCCGACCGGGAUGCCAGCUUCCACUGUGCCGCUCAUUAUAGCCAGCCCAGGGGCCGCCACGGCCGCCUGGACAGCCCUCCCUUCCACCUCACCCUGCACUAUCCCACGGAGAAUGUACACUUCUGGCGGGCCAGCCCAUCAACCACAGAGGGCUGGGUACGAGAGGGCGACACAGUCCAACUACUCUGCCGGGGGGAUGGUAGUCCCAACCCAGAGUACACCUUUUUCCGUUUUCAGGACCAGCAGGAGACAGUGCUGAACACAAACCUGGACGGAAACCUGACUCUGCAAGGCGUGCGUCGGGGCCAGAGUGGUACCUACGGCUGUAAGGUGGAGGACUACGAUGCCCCAGAGGACGCCCAGCUCUCCCAGACCCUGGAGCUGCAUGUGGCCUACCUGGACCCCCUGGAGCUCAGCGUGGGAGAGGAGCUUUUCUUACUGCUGGGCGGCAGCGCAGAUGUGAACUGCUCUGUUCAAGGCCUGCCCACCCCUGCCCUGCACUGGACCAAGGACUCGACACCCAUGGGGGACAGCCCCACACUCUCGCUCAGCUCCGUCACCUUUGACUCUGCUGGCACUUACAUCUGUGAGGCCUCCAUGUCCAUGGUGCCCCUCCUGAGCCGCACACAAAGCUUCAAGCUGCUGGUCCAAGGGUUACCUGAGCUGAGGGCAGAUGAGACCCAGCCCAAGGCUGAGGGCAGCUGGCAGGAAGGAGAUGAAGUCAAGCUGGUCUGCUUUGCUCGCGGCUACCCAGUGCCCAAACUCAGCUGGAGCCGGCUGGGUGGUAGUCCAGCAGAGUUGGCCCCCGGAGGGCAGGGCUGGGUGAGCAGCUCCCUGAUCCUGAAGGUGACCAGUGCCCUGAGCCGUGACGGCGUCUCCUGUGAGGCCUCCAACCCCCACGGGAACGUCCGGCAUGUCUUCCACUUUGGUGCCGUGGCCCCCCAGACUGCCCAGGCAGGAGUGGCUGUCAUGGCCGUGGCUGUCAGUGUGAGUCUCCUGCUCCUGGUCGUUGCUGCAUUCUAUUGCAUGAGACGUAAGGGACGUCCUGGCUGCUGCCGGCGGGGAGAGAAGGGAGCACCGCCACCUGGGGAGCCAGACCUGAGCCACUCAGGGUCAGAGAGGCCAGAGCAGAGAGGCCUUCUCAUGGGAGGUGCCUCUGGAGGAGCCAGGGGUGGCAGCGGGGGCUUUGGAGAUGAGUGCUGAGCCCAUGGACCUCCCUGAGGCGGUCACUGGACCCAGAUCUGCAGUGGGCAUCAGAGGACCAGACAACCGGCCUUGCUCACACCUCUGCCCGCCCCUGCCUUCCCUCUCCACUCGCUCUCCGGCCCUCCCUCCCUUCCUUCCUCUGCCUGGGCAGGACCCAGAGCAGCCACUGGCUGGGAGGGAAAGGAGAUGGGAGGGGGCCUCCCUCCAGGGAGUGUGACUCUCCCAGGCCCCAGAAUAGCUCCUGGACCCAAGCCCAGGCCCUGGCCUGGGAUGAGGCUCUGAGGGUCGGGCGGCUGGGGCUAUUUUUACCUCCUGCCUCCCUUGCUGGUCCCCCAACCUGCCGUCCUGCUGCAUAGUCUGACACUGGAUCCCCACCCCGGCCCCGCCCCUCAUCUGUGGACACUGGAGUCUGGAAUAAAUGCUGUCACGCCGACACCA